AUGGAGAAUUGGAUUAUAAGAAAAGAAUCGAGGGCUGUAUGUUUUGAUCUUUCAGAAGGCAUCGAUCUACCCAUGAAGACGACCAAGAGAAUGAGAAGGCAGCUGAUGGAACUACCCGAGGAAAUCGUGUUCCACAUCCUUUCUCGGCUGCCAGUUUCUUCACUCUGUUGCAUCCGAUGUGUCUCUAAGGCCUUGUUACACAUAGUUGACGACCACUUUUUCAUUUCACUGCACACGGCUCGUUUAACUACUGUUACCAACCCAGUUGCUGAUGAUCAUCAUCAAGUACCCAGGCUCAUGUUUUUUGCUCGACCAUCUAACCGUUCCGAAGGAUUUCUUGCCUUGCAAUCCCUGAAAUACGAUGGCACUACAGGCACCUUGACAAAAGGGAAAUAUGCAGUUAGGGUUUCGUCCUCAGACCAGUCCGAAAGGGCUGUUUACCACGUCCAUUUUGUUUACUGCAACUUGUUUUUCUUGAAGGAUGGAUUGCACCAAGAUUGCUUCUUACUCAAUCCUCUCAGGGGAGGAGAAGUUCUGAGGCUUCCUAGGAGUCCGAUCACACAGCAUAGUAACUUCGCAUGUGGUGAUUGGUAUGGCAUUGGAUUCGAUAGCACAGCCAACACUCACAAAAUUCUUCAUGUUACAUGGAACCGCCAAGUAGCAGAAGUUCUUGUCUUGGGCACAAGGUCAUGGCGGGAGAUUUCCUCCGUUCCUCCGUUGGGUUUAAAUAAUAAGAGGCAUGUAUGUGCAUAUGGAGACAUGCAUUGGUUGAUUGAUGGUUCCAUUGGUUCGAAUUACAAGAUGAAACUAUAUGAACAUUAUGAAGGAACUAGCCACAUACUAUCUUUUGACUUCAAGAAAGAAGAGUUCUAUCAGAUUCCUCAUCCUACCUUACAUAGCUCGGCCAAGCACCCACAUUACUUUCACUUGCUUACCCUGAGAGGAUCUAUGGCUAUCUUGGAUGCUAGUUUGUCGAGACCAGGAGGUAUGAAUAUGAGCAUUAGUAUAUGGGUGUUGAAAGACUAUGAAAAUAAACAGUGGACGCUAGAUUACACCAUGGAAAUCGAAAAGCUUGAAACACAACCUGAGUUCGGAUUCAUGUAUGCUAGCUGUGGUGAAUGGGAGCAUGGCAUAUUUUACAAAGAAGGCUUUGCUAGAAAUACUACACUCUUUUUGGACCUAAGACGUAAUGAUGCAAAUCGUGUAAUCAGGCAACGCGAAUGCGAUGGCUAUACAAACAUAUUCAGCUAUACUCAAAGCUUGAUUUCUCUAAAAGAUUAUGCCUCAGCUGGAUCUGAAGAAUUAGUUACCGAAGGCCUAAAAAGUUAUGGCAAUUUGAUUGAAGGAGAAGAACAAGGCUUCAGUAUAUCUGAGAAGCAAAUGCUGCGAGGAAGUUCUUUUAUUUGA